AUUACCCUAAUUUUGAUUAACAGAGACUUUGUGAAAUUAGAAACGUAUUAUCUAUUUUUAAGAUACCUUAGCGAGUUUACAAAAGAAGUGCAAGAUUUUUUGUUGAGACGAAUAGAAAACUUAAUAGGACAGUUAGUUGAAUUGUGUUAUCAGGCUAAAGCUAAUAUUACAAAAGCUCAGGAUAAACAGAAAGCAUGUCAUGAUCAAAGCCAUCGGAUAGAAAGUUAUUCGAUUGGUGACAAAGUGUUAUUAGAACGUUCUUCUCUAUUGACAUCUUAUAGUGCAAAGUUUGAAUCUAAAUUUACUGGUCCAUAUUACAUUCAUGAUGUUUGUGGCAAUGGAGCAUACAAACUGCGAAAGAUAACAAACGAUAAGCCUGGUCAAAAAGAAAAGGUAUCCGCCCCUAUCUUAAAACUUCUUUUAAAAUUACAAAGAUCUAUUAGAGGAUCCUCCGUAGAAGUUCUUAGUAUUACUAAUAAUACUUUUGAGUUUCUCAAUGAUCAGAGAAAACAAGUUCAAGUUAGUUUUGCACCCGAUAUAAAUAAAGAACUGAUAGGUAAUCCUAUGACAAGAAUUAAUAAGGUAGAGAGUGAAACUUGGAGUCAACAAAUGGAUUACCUUUGUAUUCGACUUCAAUUUUGUCGAUUGGAUCGUGCUACUUUACUUCGGUAUUAUUACCAGUUGGGGGAAAAAAACCGAUUUACCUCUGGACAUUUUAAAAAUGCUUUAAAGGUUGCUCGUCGUGCUUUUGCCUUAUACCAUACUCGAGAUGCGCAUAAUUUGUUAACUACGCAUCAUUUAUCUGCCAACGCUUUAUUAGUAAUGAGCACCGAGAACUUUAACAUAUUGCUUAAGGAGGCCUGGAAGGGAAGCCAAGAAGAAAUUGUGCAAAUAUUAGACCUUGACUAA